AUGUCCGCAGACACGGCUACGGCCACGACCUCCGCUGCCGACAAGCCGCUUGGCAUGCGGAAGAAUGGCAAGCAAUGGCAUGCGCCCAAGAAGGCCUUCAGGCCGACGUCAGGCUUGACGUCCUACGAGAAGCGCGCCAAGGAGCGCGUUGCGAUGGCGGCUAUGAAGGCCAAGGAGAAGGAAAUGAAGGACGAGAAGGAGGCAGAGCGCAAGCAACGCAUCCAGAACCUCAAGGAUAAGAAGGCCGCAAAGGAGGAGAAGGAACGUUACGAGAAGAUGGCCGAGAAGAUGCACAAGAAACGGGUGGAGAGGCUGAAGAGGAAGGAGAAACGAAACAAGCUGAUCAACUCAUGA